AUGCCCACGUUCUGGCGUGGGGGUUUGAAAUCAGAAAUGGUGAAACAGUUAAGCCACACGGGCAUGUGUCUCGGAUAUAAAGGGACAAAGAGUAAACUUGUCAGUCUAGGUGUAUUCAAUGAAAACCCUUCUUCUACCGAAGGUGCCAUUGGCAUAUACCGAAAACUGCAGACGUAUGUACCAACAGUAAAUAAUGAGCCAUACCCAACAAUCGUGUAUGGAGACGGUCUGAGUUGUGAGCGCGGGAAUGAUGCAAAGAAAGCUCUGUGUAACGGGGUGACUCCACGUGAGCGUUUACAGAACAUGGAACCUGCCGUCCAAGAAUUUCACAAGGAAAUGUUGUUAUUGCAAGAUCAUUUUGACACAUUUUUUCAUCCUUCAAUUCAUGUUACCUGUGCUGGAGUCGACCCAGAUAAUGUACCAGAGACCUUCUACUGCAGCCACCAAUGCCAAAGCAGACAAGAAGAAUGCAAAAAAACAUCCAAAAUACCUAGUCUUGGCACAUAG